AUGGCAGAGGAUAAGCCGCUCAGAAUUCUGAUCGCGGGGGCUGGGAUUGCGGGACUUGCGACAGCAAUCUCUCUCGCGCGUAUCUCAUCAAUUUCGAAGCUGGAUAUACAGCUAUAUGAGCAAGCUCCCGAGCUCAACGAGAUCGGAGCCAGUAUUGCGCUGAGUCCAAAUGGAAUGCGCACUCUCGAGAAGCUUGGGGUAAAUAGUGCUCUGACCGAGGAGGUCGGUUAUAGAGGGCCGAGUGGAAUUCCCCAAAUCUUCAGGCAUUGGAAAACAAACCAAGUCAUCUCAGUCGACACCCAUACGGAUGUGCCUAAUCCUCGUCAUCAUACUACUCGCUUUCAUCGGGGCCAUUUGCACGCGGCAUUGUUAGACCAUGUGUCUCGAGAAUCCAUUCACUUAGGAAAACGAGUUUCACGAGCAGAGGGCAAGGAAGAUGGAGUGUCCCUUUAUUUUGAAGAUGGAAGCAGCGCACACGGUGAUGUGUUGAUUGGGGCAGAUGGAAUCCGCUCGCCUGUGAGACAGUCAUUCAUUCCAGACUACAAACUACGAUUCACUGGCAAAGUAUUCAUGCGGGCAACUUUUGACGCUUCAUUGGUCGAGGGCAAAAUUCCGAACUUACCUGUGGAUUCAAUGCAUUGGUGGGGCCCGCGAGACAACUUUUUUGCAUCUCGGCUUGGCAAGAGGCAAUACACUACCGUCGGUGCUUAUGAUGACCCCCGCACAGCUGGAGAACUGGAGAGAACAAUUGCAUGGGACCAGCAAGGGAGUGUCGAAUUCUUGAGAGAGAGAUAUAAGAACUGGAACCCCACGGUUAGAGCUCUCACAGAGCUCACCCCUUCAACCAAUCUCUAUCCCAACUUUGCCGGCGAUGCUCUGCCAACUUGGGUCUUCGGUUCCCGGGUGACGCUUAUUGGCGAUGCGGCGCAUGCCCACGGCGGUGCUUUUGCUGCCGGAGGCUCCUUGGCACUCGAUGACUCCCUUGCUCUUGGUCUCGCUUUCAAACACGUCUUUCAACAAUCUUCUGCGGCUCCUUGUUCGUCUGAAGAUAUUCGCGAGGCAUUGGGGUUGUAUAGUAGGACAAGACAGCCGCACACGGCUCGUUUAUUACGCAUCGUACAUAACCAGAUCGAAAACAGAAAGUCCGUCCCAACGACUGAGGAGGAAGAGGAUUUUGACCUGGUUGCUAGGAUGAAGAAUCGUCCAAACACCGAGUGGCUAUCAGAGCAUGAUGUUGAAACUGCUUUUGCUGCUGUGUUGGAGCAAUAUCAGUCGGAAGAAAGAAUUGAGCUAAGUGAAUCCUUGAAUAAAGUCAACGAUCAAAGCCAAAUAAAUGGGGUACUCCAGCUCCGGCGGAGUAAAAUUUAG